CUAUCUCCACGGACAAUAAGGGAGUACGUAGGAGAGUACCAAAUUCUUUGUAAUGAGAGAAUGAAAGUAUUAAACCAAAGUGCCCCCGAGCCUUUUCUUCCAUCUUUAAGUUUGAACCAUCUCAUCAAAUAUCUAAACUUGAUAAAUCUUCACAACUGCUUGUUCAACAUGUCUGGCGAAGGAUACCUCAACCAAGCCAACCUGCACACCCGCGCGAAAUGGCGAUCGGCGCUCUUGACCUAUCCUGGAAACCUAAAAGAAGCUCUGAAAGAAGCCCAGAAGGAUCCUAAAAAGACCCUGUUCGGCGUCGCUCAGGGCAUCCCCAGUGUCUUUUUGACAAAGGUCUUUGCUUCUGCCAGACCAGACUUUAUCUGGAUGGAUGUUGAGCAUGGCAUGUUUGAUCGCCUGACCCUCAAUGACGCCAUUCAAGCCGCCCAGCAUCACUCCGAGGGUGAGACACUAGUCAUUGUGAGAGUACCAAAGGAAGAUGAAAUAGCACUAUCUACGGCCUUGGACGCUGGUGCGUCUGGCAUCAUCAUCCCCCACUGCGAAAGUAAGGAAGAGGUAGAGGAAUUUAUGAAAAAGAUGUACUACCCCCCUCUGGGCGCCCGUUCAUUCAGCCCGUGGACCUUUACUCCCGGCGUCUCAGAUCUCUCUCUAUACCCAGAGGAUUCCUUCAACAUGAAGACGUCAAACAACCACAUCGCCAUCAUUCCCCAAAUCGAAAGCGUAAAGGGAAUCGAAAACGUCGACGAGAUUGCUUCAAUACCCGGCGUCUCAGCGCUCAUGUUCGGACCUGGCGACUUCAUGGCAGAUGCAAGAGUGCCCCUGGCCCUUGGAGGCCCUCCCCAUCCUGUCUUGGCAUCUGCCAUGGAAAGCAUGUCAAAGGCCGGCAAGAAAUAUGAUAUUCCGCUCUUUGGCGGCGCUCUGGCUCCUGAGAUGAUCCCCAUGAUGGUAGAGUCGGGCCACCGAGGAAUCAUGGUCAUGUUUGAUGUGUGGAGCGUUGCGAACCUGACAAAAUCCUCGGUCCAGACCGCGAAAGAAUUAAUCGGCGCACUUGAUAAGAAGCCGAAUGGUGAAGCUAAAUAAAAGGCGGUGGUUGUAUUAUAGACUAGAAAUAUCAACUCGGGUUAUGAAUCCUCUUCAAACUGCCACACUUCAUUCUCUGGGGGGGUCUUCACGCG